AUGAUCGCCUCGCUCUCCGUCCGCCGUGCUGCCCAGCGGCCUGACCUCUGGGCCAAGCUCGGCGAGAUGGCCCUCACGCUGGCCCCCCUGGUGCAGACCAACAGCGGCCGCAUCCACCCGGCCUUUCCCCUCACGCUGCUGCACUUUUGGCUGCUCACCGACGAGGAGCUCGACGAGCUCGCCCACUUUUACCACCAGCGCACCCCCAGCCUCUACUCGCACCGCUACCCCUGUCCGGUGCGCUGGCCGCGCGGACUCUCGAUCGAGGAGAAGCGCCGCAAGCUGGGCAAGUUCAUCGGCCUCCGCGGCUGCGAGACCCCGCCGCCAUCAUCACCCAGCACCGGUCCGGCGUCUUCCUCUGACUCGCUGUGCCACCCCGUCGCGCCCACCCUUGUCGACCGCGCCCCCAACUGCCGCGGCACCUGCCACUGGGACGUCGACAGGAUGACGCGCGGGCCCAGCUUCUUCUGCCUCGCCUGUGCCGCUUCCCAAGGAGCGGCGUCCAAGCGGCUGCCCCCAAAGGCGGCCCCCAAACACAGGCGGGACAGCCUCACCUCCAACUCCCGCUGCCUCACUCCGAGUGCGCGCAUCUCUCGCCGGUCUCCUCCUCCGACUCUUCUCCCCCGGCUGCACCCUACCACCGUCGACGAGAUCAUCGAGGCUGCCCGUCGGGCUCGGCUGGCCGGCGAUGCCAGCGAGGAGGCCAUGCGCCUCAAGACGGGCUGUUAA